AUGAUCCCUAUAACUCAUCUCCAUCUAGUCCAAGAUAGUAUCACCUAUUCUGUAAAGGAGAUCAUUGAGGUGAAUGGGGAGCACAUUAUGGACUUCCUAGCCAGCCUUAACAUCCCCUUCACUUGCCCUAGGAUUGAAGUUGAGCAGUCAGAUGCUCUGGUAUGGAAGAAUGGGGAUAAAGGACCAACAUCCUUUGCACCUGUAAUUAAUGCAUCAAUCGACAUUGUUGAGAGAAGCAAAGGGACAUAUCAUGUCCUUGUCAUUAUAAUAGAUGGGCAGGUAACUAAAUAUUCUGACCCAUCUUCUGGAUGUCUCAGUCCCCAAGAAGGUGCAACUAUAGAUGCCAUAGUUUCUGCAAGUCACUACCCACUAUCAAUUAUUUUGGUUGUUAUUGGAGAUGGGCCAUGGGAUAAAUUGCAGCAGUUUGGUGAUAACAUUCCCCGGAGAGAGUUUGACAACUUCCAGUUUUUGAAUUUCACAAAGAUAAUGUCAUGGAAUCAUGACAAAACCAAGAAGGAAGCUGCACUUGCCCUGGCAGCUCUUAUGGAAAUUCCUUUCCAGUAUAAAGCGACUCAAGAGCUCAAUUACCUAGGGCAUCGAAGGGGUAGUAAUCCUGGCCUGCCUCCUCUCCCGCCUCCUCGUGAAGUAAUCAAUCAUGACAAGUGA